GGAGUUUUGUUGUCAUGUGACCCUAAUUCAGCCAUCUUGUGGAAACGAAGAGAGAGUCAACUCGCAUACAAACCCUGCGCUGUCAGUUUAAGCAGAGGUAAGACAGCGAGGCUGAAAUAGACGAUUUAGUUGUAAAAUAAAGCUAAUUUGUUAAGUAGUUAAUUUACUGUAGUGUAGCCCCCAUCCCGUAGUUCUGCGAUGUGGUUAGCCGAAGUGUUGACAUCCGCAUGGCUGCCUGGCCUUGAAGCGUCGGUCUCAAGUGAAAUACAGUAGCCGCUUUGGAUUAGAGCGUGGUGGAAGUGUGCUAAUGGGAAAACCUGUUGUUGCGGUAGGCUUCUUAGGCCUCACGGAGGGUUGGGGGUUAAGGAUUAACUCGUGUGAAGUCACUUUACAACGCUACUGAUUUGUCUGGCAAAAUGAAGAUACUGCGAAGUAAUAUCUAGGAAAAGAACAAUGGCAGAAACCCAGACACUUAACUUUGGACCAGAAUGGCUCCGGGCUUUGUCUGGUGGAGGUGGUGGUGCUAACAACAGUGUUGCUUCUCCACCUCUCUCCCCUGCUUUGCCAAAGUAUAAACUAGCAGACUACCGUUAUGGGAGGGAAGAAAUGUUAGCACUUUAUGUAAAGGAUAACAAGAUUCCCAUCGAUCUACAUGAUAAGGAAUUUCUUCCCAUUUUACAAGAGGAUCCCUUACCACCGUUGGCCCUUGUACCCUUUACAGAAGAGGAGCAGAGAAAUUUCUCUAUGUCUGUAAACAGUUCGGCUGUGCUUCGGCUGACCGGAAGAGGUGGGGGGCCUGUAGUUGGGGUGCCCAGAGGUCGAAGUUCUUCGAGGGGACGAGGCCGGGGCAGAGGAGACGGAGGGUUUUACCAAAGAAGUUUUGACGAUGUGGAGGGAGGCUUCGGCCGUGGAGCAAGGGAAAUGCACCGCUCUCAAAGCUGGGAGGAGAGGGGAGACCGAAGGUUUGAAAAGCCAGGACGAAAAGAUCCAGAGGCAGCCCCAGCUCAUUAUCAGCUUAAUCACAUACGGGCCAACUGUGAGGACGGAGGGCCGGGCCUUGUGCGUAAGCACGACUCCACACGGUCAGAGAUCGAGAACUGGCGCUCAUCACGCGAGGAGCAAAAUGGUGAGGAAGACGAGGGGGGUUGGCUGCUAGCGGGCUCAAGGCGGGAUGGCGACCGGUGGUGCCCCCCCAGUCCAGACACGCCUCGUUCCGCUGGGUGGCGGGAACACCCAGAGCGCAGACGGUUCCCGUUCGACGCCCGGGGGGAGGAGGAGCGCGGUUACCGUAGGCCCCGCUCUGGCAGCGGCAGCUUGGAGGACGAGCGGGAUGCUCUGCCCGAGUGGUGCCUGGAGGACGCCGAGGAGGAGACGGGCAUCUUUGACUCUUCCGGAGCCUUCCACUCACUCAAGAAGGGGCCCAAAGAGCCCAUCCUCGAGGAGGCAGAGCAUGACUUCCGACCUCUGGAGGAGUGUGACGAGCACUCUGAGAGAGACGAGAGCGAGUCGGAGGAGACCAAAGACCUGGCCGCUGAGGCCAGAAAGGAGGGGAGUGCCAGGAAGAACGGAUUGGACAUGGGAAGACCCGAGGAGGAGGCAGCCACGCCCACACCCGUCCCGGUGGCCACCACCCCUCCCAAGCCCACCGCUCCCUCGCCUCGAUCCCCCAUCCAGCCGCCAGUGCCAGCUGAGGACGGUCAGAGGCCGUCAGAGAGGGCCCCAGACGUCCCACCUGAGCUCUGCAAAGCCCCCCAGCCCUCCUCCACACCCACUGGCCUGGUGGAGGGCGUCUCGCUCCCUCACGUCACUUCCACCAUCAAAGACAUGCCAUCCCCCACACCCAAAGCCACACUACCACAGCCAGCACUGCCUCAGCCUCUGGAGAAGCCAGCAGCAGUGCCCAUCGGUCUACCCUUCACAGCGCUCGGUAUGCCACCCUUUGGCAGGCCCGGCGGCAUGCCGCAUUUUGCAGAUGAAGAUGAGGGACUAAAGCACUUUGAGCAGGAAGCGGAGAAGAUGGUGGCUUAUCUUCAGGACGGUGUGAUGGACGAAGAGCGGCCCAAACCAACCGCCUUGCCCAUCAGCCACGAGGCUGCCUUUAAAUGGUUCUACAAGGACCCACAGGGGGAGGUUCAGGGACCCUUCAGCAACCAGGAGAUGACCGAGUGGUUUCAGGCUGGCUACUUCACCAUGACCCUGUUGGUCAAGAGGGGCUGUGAUGAGGUCUUCCAACCACUGGGGGAGAUCAUCAAGAUCUGGGGGAGAGUUCCGUUUACACCUGGCCCAGCGCCACCGCCGAUCCUGGGGGGUGUUGAUCAGGAGAGACUCAAGAGGCAACAGGAGCUGACUGCUAUCAAUCUCUAUCAGAUGCAGCAGCUUCAGUAUCAGUACCUUAUCAGGCAGCAGUUUGUGCAGGCGCAGGCCCUUGCCCAGCAGAAAGCAGCAGCAGCAGCAGCAGCAGCAGCAGCAGCAGCAGCUCUCACCCCGGCACCCCCCCCACCGCAGCAGCAGAUCAACCUACUCCUCCACCAGGCCCUGAAGAUGAGGCCCUCUGAACCCCUGCUGCCCCCCGUCACGCGCUCCCUGUCUGUCCCAGACUCUGGUUCCGUGUGGGACAUGCAGAACCCCCCCUCUCAGGCCUCCUGUGCCCCCAGCCUGCAGCCUGCAGUGCCCAGCACUGCGUGGGAAGGCAGCAGUGUGUGGGAUUUGCCCAUCGAUUCGACGGCACCAGCUUCUACCAUUGAACAGAUCCAGCAGCUGGAGAAGGCCAAGGCUGUGAAGUUGGAGCUAGAGCGACGUGAAGCAGAGCUGCGGGCCAAGCGUGAGGAGGAGGAGAGGAAGAGGAUGGAGGAGGCUCUGCGAGCACGGCAGGAGGAAGAGCUGCAGAAGCGUCUGGAGGAGGAGGAGGAGCUGGCGCGCAGGAAACAGGAGGAGGUUCUGAGGAGGCAGCUUGAGCAGGAGGAGGCUAAGCGCCGGCAGAAGGAGGAGGAGGAGCAGCGGCUGGCCCAGGAGGAGAGGAGGAGGAGGGAAGAGGAGGAGGAAGAGAGGAGGCAAAGGGAACAGUUCCUCCGCAAACAGGAAGAGGAGCGCCAGAAACAGGAGGAGCAGGAGGCCCUCCGGAAGCGUGAGGAGGAGAAGCGGCGUGAGGAGGAGGAGGCAGCCGCUGUGGCUGUGGCGUUGGCACGGCAACAGCUCCAGCAGGAGGAGCAGCGGCGGCGUGAGCAGGAGGCCCAGCGGCAACAGGAGGCCCAGAAGCAGCAGGAGGUGCUGAAGCAGCAGGAGGUGCUGAAGCAACAGGAGGCCCAGAAGCAGCAGGAGGCCCAGCGGCAGCGGCAGCAGCAACAGGAGGCCCUCAGACGUCUGCAGCAACAGCAGCAGCAGCAGCAGCUCGCCCACAUGAAGCUUCCCUCGUCUUCAAAGUGGGGUCAACAGUCUGCCUCCGUGCCCCCCCAGUCCCAGAAUGCCCUGUCACUUGCCGAGAUCCAGAAACUGGAAGAGGAAAAAGAACGACAGGCACGACAGGAGCAGCGGCGGCAGCAGCAGGAGCUCCUCAAGGCUCAGCAGCUGCAAUUGCCGCAGCAGCCCCAAGCCAAGCUCUCAGGCUGGGGCAACGUGGCCAAGCAGCCGGCCGCCACCAAGUCCCUCCUGGAGAUCCAGCAGGAGGAGGCGCAGCAGAUGGAGCAGAAGAAGGAGCAGAAGAGGGAGCAGAAGCAGCAGCAGCAGCAGCAGCAGCAGCCGACACCGCCUCAGCCUCAACCUCAGCCUCAGCCUCAGCAGCAGACACCCCCGCAGCCGGCACCACAGCCGCAGCCGCCAACACCGCAGCCGCAGCCGCCUGUCCAGCAGAACCGCACCAACGCUGUGAGCAGCUCGGUGUGGGCUUCUGUGAGCGGCGGCGGGGGGUCCACCUGGGCCUCGGACACCAGCAGCAUCUGGGGGGACAGUCCCAACUCCAACGUGGGCUUCUGGGACGAGGCUGUGAAGGAGGCCGCUCCACCGCCCACACGCAAGGCCACCUCUCAGAAAAACAAGGGAAACGCUAACCUCAGUAACUCGGUGAGUGCGAAAGCCAAUAAGAAGAUGGAGGAAGAGGAAAGGCUGCUCAAACUGUUCCAGACAGCCAAUAAGAGUCAAGAUGGCUUCAUGCAGUGGUGUGAGCAGACUCUGCACACGCUCAACACCGCCAACAACCUGGACGUUCCCACGUUCGCUUCUUUCCUGAAGGAGGUGGACUCGCCCUAUGAAGUGCACGACUACGUCAGAGCCUACCUCGGUGACACGCCCCAGGCCAAGGACUUUGCCAAACAGUUCCUGGAGCGUCGUGCCAAACAGAAUGCCAAUCAACAGAAACCACAGCAGAUCCAGCAGCAGAAACGGCAGCAGCAGCAGGACUCUGUUUGGGGAGGGACCACACCACAGGUCCUCCAGUCCAACCACACCAGCCUCCAGCAGCAGCAGCAGCAGCGCUUUGAGACUGUGACAUCAGGGAAGAAGAAGAAAAAACAGAAGAUGGUUCGAGCAGACCCCAGUCUCCUUGGUUUUUCAGUGAAUGCCGCUUCUGAGAGGUUGAACAUGGGGGAAAUUGAGACAGUGGAGGACCUUUGAGGACCUGGGAAGGGAGUGCUCAACUCAACUCACCCCUCAGAGUAUUUCCCAUCUGGACAGCUGCCACUUACCUCCUCCACCCACCCACCCACAUCACUACUCUUCUGUUUUUCUUUUUGCUGUCCCCCGCCCCCCCCCCCCCCCCCCCCCCCCCCCCCCGUGUCAAAUUCCAAGCAGUGAACAGAUCCUGGGAGCCUCCUGACGCCCGUGUCAUGCCCCACCGCCAAGAGAUUCUUACCAGGGGGGAAAAAACCCAACCCAACUCAACUCAGACUAGCCUUCACCCAGUAUAACAGCUGAAGUUGGACUGACAGUCUGCGUUGGGAGAAGACCUCUGUUUGAUCACCAGGUGCUUGCUUCAGGACAGGACUUCACCUCAGCAUCAGUCCCAGCAGCUAGUGGGCAGCCCCACGAUCAGUUUUUUUGAAUUGUGAAGAGGAGGAUCAUACGUUUAAAAAGAGGAAAAAAAAAAAAGAUGAAGAUUAUAGAGAUAUAUCUUUUUUUUUUUUUUAUUAUUAUUAUUUAUUGAUGUUUUCCCAACCAUUUUUGCCAUGCCCUCCUCCUCUUCAUCGUCCUUCCCAUAUGCUGACGGUUGUUCGUGGAUGAUGAUGAUGGUGUUGUAGGACCUAAGGAUGUGAUUCACCAGUGUCCUGUUUUAAGGACAUGUUUUUGAAAGUUCCAAGUAGUUAUCCAUUUCUUGUAAAAUAUUAGGCUGUUUAAAGAAUAAACUUUCAAAUCUGCAUCUGUAUUGUAAUAUAUGGAAACGUUGAACUAAUGGAGUCAUACUUUUUUAUUGCAGUAUGAAAUAAAUCAACAGUCUCUUGUGUGGGCUGUUUUACAUCUC